AUGAGCCCUGGCUGGUGCAACAUGGCUUCGCACUGCUACGCGACAUGCAAACCCUGGAUGACCCGUUGCUCGGCGCCAGAGCCCACUGUGCCUCCGUGCUCCUCCAACGCUGUCGAAACGUGGGGCAAGUGCUCCUACUCCGGUCAGUGCUGCUCCUCGGCUGACGAGUGCUUCAUCAAGACCGUUUUCAAGCCAUACGCCAAGAACAGUUACUAUGCUCAGUGUCGCCCGUCGUGCCCGGCGAACAACGAUCCCAUUUGGGCGUGUGCCAGUGGACGCGUCGCACCAUCGCGAGAGGAGUUCGAGAAGGACUAUCCUGGCCUCACCUGGCACGCGCAGUGCGGAGGAGUCGGAUUCUCAACCGACCCGCUCGCGUGUCAGGAGGGCCUGGGAUGCUACCAGCGGAACGAGUACUACUGGCAGUGCCUUGAAGCCCCGGCUGGCGCCUGCCAAUCCUUCGACGAAGCGUCGGAGCGCGCAACGCUGUCAGAUAUCAUCAAAGUGCCGGAAUCGAACAUUCGUGUCGCUCUCCGAGGCUGUUCCACCUCUGGCCGUCGGCAGAUGCAGAGCAGCGACUCCGACACAACCCCAGAGGCCGUCAUCAGUGCUGCUCAGAACUCCGAUCACAUCGCGCUGAACGAGCCGGGUGGCAGCUGCACCGAUCACUGCGCCAGCCUCGGCACGACGUGCGCCGACGAGACGCCCAACAACCCGCCCUUGCCGGCCGACGAGUGGCCUAAAACCGUCUGGCCGACGACAGAGGCGCAGAUGGAGGCCAUCUCGGACGCGUGGGGCCUGGGGUGCACCGCGUACGUUGAUCGCGUCCUGAUCCUCGACGGCAACUCCGACACAGAGGCGUGCGUCCACGACGCCGAGGCCACUACGCACGGCGGGACAGCCAUUGCAGCGCAGUGCUGCGACGGCUCGACCUGCAAGCGUCGCACCUCCGGCAGCAACGACGACUGCAUCGCAGGGUUAUGGUCCUCCUCCUUCCAGUACACAACCUUCCAGGAGGCUUCGGCGCGGUGCGCUGCGCUCGGCUACACUCUGUGCGACAAGAACUGCCAAGGGACAGGCUGCUCCUACGACUCCAUCUGGGCGUGCGUCCACGACGCCGAGGCCACUACGCACGGCGGGACAGCCAUUGCAGCGCAGUGCUGCGACGGCUCGACCUGCAAGCGUCGCACCUCCGGCAGCAACGACGACUGCAUCGCAGGGUUAUGGUCCUCCUCCUUCCAGUACACAACCUUCCAGGAGGCUUCGGCGCGGUGCGCUGCGCUCGGCUACACUCUGUGCGACAAGAACUGCCAAGGGACAGGCUGCUCCUACGACUCCAUCUGGGGUGGCAGCUGCACCGAUCACUGCGCCAGCCUCGGCACGACGUGCGCCGACGAGACGCCCAACAACCCGCCCUUGCCGGCCGACGAGUGGCCUAAAACCGUCUGGCCGACGACAGAGGCGCAGAUGGAGGCCAUCUCGGACGCGUGGGGCCUGGGGUGCACCACGUACGUUGAUCGCGUCCUGAUCCUCGACGGCAACUCCGACACAGAGGCGUGCGUCCACGACGCCGAGGCCACUACGCACGGCGGGACAGCCAUUGCAGCGCAGUGCUGCGACGGCUCGACCUGCAAGCGUCGCACCUCCGGCAGCAACGACGACUGCAUCGCAGGGUUAUGGUCCUCCUCCUUCCAGUACACAACCUUCCAGGAGGCUUCGGCGCGGUGCGCUGCGCUCGGCUACACUCUGUGCGACAAGAACUGCCAAGGGACAGGCUGCUCCUACGACUCCAUCUGGGCGUGCGUCCACGACGCCGAGGCCACUACGCACGGCGGGACAGCCAUUGCAGCGCAGUGCUGCGACGGCUCGACCUGCAAGCGUCGCACCUCCGGCAGCAACGACGACUGCAUCGCAGGGUUAUGGUCCUCCUCCUUCCAGUACACAACCUUCCAGGAGGCUUCGGCGCGGUGCGCUGCGCUCGGCUACACUCUGUGCGACAAGAACUGCCAAGGGACAGGCUGCUCCUACGACUCCAUCUGGGGUGGCAGCUGCACCGAUCACUGCGCCAGCCUCGGCACGACGUGCGCCGACGAGACGCCCAACAACCCGCCCUUGCCGGCCGACGAGUGGCCUAAAACCGUCUGGCCGACGACAGAGGCGCAGAUGGAGGCCAUCUCGGACGCGUGGGGCCUGGGGUGCACCACGUACGUUGAUCGUCCGGACCUCUAUGUGCGCGUUGACCCGCCCGAAGGCAGCACGUGCGAGUGGUGCGGCAAGCAGGACUCGGGCUUCGGAUCGUCGCUCGGGCUUGAUGGGAGCGGAGGCCGCGCGGGCCAAGUGUGGACCUCGCCGGGUGGCAUCACGUACACGAGCAACCCCUGGUUGAGCUGCGGUCUGACCAGUGGCUUCAUCUACGGCCCUGAGGGCUUCCCCGUCGCGGCGACUCUCACGUACGCCAUCGAGAAGUGCUCGCAGCUUAGCAUCAGCAGCGGCCGGGAGUGCAUCGGCCUUCGGUACACCAUGGACCUCAACUCGGUGCGGCAGCAAUACUUGGGCUGCUACGGGCUGUACACGGACUCUCAGAGCAUGCGUGGUGCCGACGACGACCCGGAGUACUUCAUCAUCCCUGGGUCUCGCUAA